UUGUACUUUGGUAGGUAUAUUAGGUAAAGUUGUCGGCAUUCGAGUGGAACGUUUUGUAAGUUUUUCAAUAUGGAAAUAGAUCAAUUAGAAACUCAAUUAGUGGCUGAGAAAAAGACCAAAGACAGUAUCAACGUAUCAGUGAGAAAUUUAGAAAAAAAAGUAGCUGAUUUAAAAGCUGAAGUUGCCCAAGCAAGGAAACAAGAACUCGGAUGCACCGAAAGCGAAGGCUACAAACAAUUUCAAGAACACGUACAAGCGAAUGCUAAAAUCGAAAAGAAUAUCUCUCUGGAGAAAGAACGAUUGAAAAUUUUAUUAGAACGAAACACGGAUGUAACAGAAAUGGACUUAGAUAUCCUAUCUCAGACCGAAUUGAUUCGACUGGUAAAACAAUUGGAACGAAUUCGUACAGAUCUUCAGAGUAAUUUACGUGAAAUUCAAGUCAGUAUGGAUCAACAAGCUCAGGAAAUUUUAAAACUGAAUGAAAUGAAAAAUUUAUACCACGCUGAGAUUGAUCUGAGAGGAAGAAAACGACGUCAGACGAUUUCUCAUCCAACUGGUACAGCUCGUUAAAAUUCAUCACUAAUUUUUCCAAUUAUGUAUUAUCUACGUAAAGCCUGUGCUUGAUUUGAUACGUUCUUACAUUUUUUUUACACUUGUUUACGUGUGAAAAUAAAGCGUUGUUCUGCUCA